CUCUGCUUGUCCUGUUUCAGACUUCUUGCUUUGGAGCCCAGUAGAGCGAGAAAGGAGGCAAAGGGGUCUUUGAUUGAUUGGUUGAUUUUGGCCGUUUUACCAUAAAAGUCUGCUGUGCCACCAGAUCUGGCGGUUGGCUGCUAAGACUGCUGUCCUGGCUGACCUACAGCCAUCUGUCGCUCCAUCUGCCCACUGUGGCCCCAGGAGCAAGGAAGGGAGUGGAGUAUGGUUUAAGACACCCUCCAACAAGCAUAGAAGCACGGGCCCUGCACACAGCUGAAGCGUCAUCGUGUCCACCAUGGCCUCAGCUGACAAGAAUGGCAGCAACCUCUCUGCCUCGUCUGGUAGCCGCCUGCAGAGCCGGAAGCCACCCAAUCUAUCCAUCACUAUCCCACCGCCAGAGGCCCAGGCCCCCAGUGAGCAGGAUGGCAUGAUUCCUGAGAGGCCCAAGAACCCAGCCUACCUGAAGAGUGUCAGCCUCCAGGAACCCCGAGGACGAUGGCAGGAUGGCACAGAGAAACGCCCUGGCUUCCGCCGCCAGGCCUCCCUGUCCCAGAGCAUCCGAAAGGGCACGGCCCAGUGGUUUGGGGUCAGUGGUGACUGGGAAGGCAAGCGGCAAAACUGGCAGCGCCGCAGUCUGCACCACUGCAGCGUGCAUUAUGGCCGGCUCAAGCCCUCAUGCCAGAGAGAGCUGGAGCUGCCCAGCCAGGAGGUGCCCUCCUUCCAGGGCACUGAGUCUCCAAAACCCUGCAAGAUGCCCAAGAUUGUGGAUCCUCUGGCCCGAGGCCGGGCCUUCCGCCACCCGGAUGAGGUGGACCGGCCUCACGCUCCCCACCCACCUCUGACUCCAGGGGUCCUGUCGCUCACAUCCUUCACCAGCGUCCGCUCUGGCUACUCCCAUGUGCCCCGCCGCAAAAGGAUAUCCGUUGCUCAUAUGAGCUUUCAGGCAGCUGCUGCCCUCCUCAAGGGGCGCUCAGUGCUGGAUGCCACUGGGCAGCGGUGCCGGAAUGUCAAGCGCAGCUUCGCCUACCCCAGCUUCCUGGAGGAGGAUGCUGUCGACGGAGCAGACACCUUCGAUUCCUCCUUUUUUAGUAAGGAAGAAAUGAGCUCUAUGCACGAUGAUGUAUUUGAGUCUCCUCCACUCUCUGCUAGCAACUUCCGAGGGGUCCCACAGUCCGCCUCCCCGGUCUCCCCUGAUGGAGUCCAGAUCCCUCUAAAAGAGUACAGCAGCCGACCCCCGGUUCCUGGGACCCAUCGCGGCAAGCGCAUCGCCUCCAAGGUGAAGCAUUUUGCCUUUGACCGGAAGAAGCGGCAUUACGGCCUGGGCGUGGUGGGCAACUGGUUGAACCGCAGCUACCGCCGCAGCAUCAGCAGCACCGUCCAGCGGCAGCUGGAGACAGCCUCUGCCUACAGGCCCUACUUCACCUACUGGCUGACCUGUGUCCACAUCAUCGUCACUCUGCUGGUGAUCUGCACAUACGGCAUUGCACCUGUGGGCUUUGCCCAGCAUGUCACCACCCAGCUGGUGCUAAAGAACAGAGGUGUGUAUGAGAGCGUGAAAUACAUCCAGCAGGAAAACUUCUGGAUUGGCCCCAGCUCGAUUGACCUGAUCCACCUAGGAGCAAAGUUCUCGCCCUGCAUCCGGAAAGACCAGCAAAUUGAACAGCUGGUGCAGAGGGAGCGUGAUGUUGAGCGUGCCUCAGGCUGCUGUGUCCAGAAUGACCGCUCAGGGUGCAUCCAGACGCAGAAGAAGGACUGCUCGGAGACGCUAGCCACUUUCGUGAAAUGGCAGAAUGAUACUGGGCCCUCAGACUUGUCUGAGGGCCAGAAGCAGCCAUCUGCGGUUGUGUGCCACCAAGACCCCAGAACCUGUGAAGAACCAGCCUCCAGUGGGGCCCACAUCUGGCCUGAUGACAUUACCAAGUGGCCGAUCUGCACAGAGCAAGCCCAGAGCAACCACACGGGGUUAUUGCACAUAGACUGCAAGAUCAAAGGCCGUCCCUGCUGCAUCGGCACCAAGGGCAGCUGUGAGAUCACCACGCGGGAGUAUUGUGAGUUCAUGCAUGGCUAUUUCCACGAGGAGGCCACGCUCUGCUCCCAGGUGCACUGUUUGGACAAGGUGUGCGGGCUGCUGCCUUUCCUCAACCCCGAGGUCCCCGACCAGUUCUACCGCAUUUGGCUGUCUCUGUUCUUGCAUGCUGGGAUAGUGCACUGCCUCGUGUCUGUGGUCUUCCAAAUGACCAUCCUGAGGGACCUAGAGAAGCUGGCCGGCUGGCACCGCAUCUCCAUCAUCUUCAUCCUUAGCGGCAUCACAGGCAACCUGGCCAGCGCCAUCUUCCUCCCCUAUCGGGCAGAGGUGGGCCCAGCCGGGUCACAGUUUGGCCUCCUCGCGUGUCUCUUUGUGGAGCUUUUCCAGAGCUGGCAACUGCUGGAGCGGCCGUGGAAGGCGUUCUUCAACCUGUCGGCCAUCGUGCUUUUUCUCUUCAUCUGUGGCCUCCUGCCCUGGAUAGACAACAUUGCCCACAUCUUCGGUUUCCUCAGCGGUAUGCUGCUGGCCUUCGCCUUCCUGCCCUACAUCACCUUCGGCACCAGUGACAAGUACCGCAAGCGGGCGCUCAUCCUGGCCUCGCUGCUGGUGUUCGCUGGGCUCUUUGCCUCCCUGGUGCUGUGGCUGUACAUCUAUCCCAUCAAUUGGCCCUGGAUCGAACACCUCACCUGCUUUCCCUUCACCAGCCGCUUCUGCGAGAAGUACGACCUGGACCAGGUGCUACACUAAUUGCAGAGGUGGUGUCUGUAGGGACUUGCUGACCGCUGAGCCCUGAGCCGGGGCUCACUCUCCAGAUGAGACAGGUAGUAAAGGCAGAUUCCCCAGGGAGAUGAGACCUCCCUAUCUUGGGCCCGAAUGUUCCUGACCCAAGUUUGGGGGAUGUCCAGAACGCCUGUUUCUUCACAGCUCAGGUCCUAGGCCCUGCCUGCCUUUCUUCCCCUAUAGAGACAAUAACUUUUCUUACCAGGGCUCAGCGCUCUGGCCUCUGCAGGUGCCAUCUUCUCAUUGUCACUGUGACUGUGACCUCACCAGACAUACACACAGCUGCUCCCUCAGUUGUCCCCGGGGUUGAGGUCCCCACCAUGCUGCUAUGACCCUUUUCCUGUCUCUCCUCUCCUCCCUGUCCUACAAGCCCUCCCUGCAUUUGUCCAUGGGUUCAUGAACCUGCUCCUAAGGCUCCUGGAUUAGUGUGUGGGAGAGGCUUUGGCCAUUGUCUAGGGCCAGUGACAGCAAGGAGAGAUGGCUAUAGGGGUCUGCUAAGGGCUUUUGUUAAUCAAAGAAGCCAGAUCUGGUGAACCACCAGCUCAGCCCUAGCUCCAGGACUUCUGUCUGACCACACAGGUCAGUUCUGAUGCUGGGUGUCCCUCCACCUCUUCCUCACUCCUGCCUGUGUGGCCAGGUGCUGACCCACCUUGAGGACUGACUCCCAGGGAACACUUGAGGCUCAGCCAGGGCUGGUGUCUUAUUUUUUUGUUUUUUGGGUUUUUUUUUUUCUUUUUCAAUUUAUAUUCCGGUCCUAAUUUUUUAAAGUAACGCUAACUUUGUAUGGACAAUGUCUCAAAUUUAUUAAAUAGCAUUCUCUAUUCA